AACUCACGUCUAGGGGGAGCGAUGAUCGCUAGCAGAAUACCACACGUGUUGGCAGGCGGCUUGCACAAAUUAAUUUCACAACCGCUCACUAACCGGUUACGUUGUUCCUCCUCGUUGUCUGGCAUUUGUUCCAAUAUGGCAUAUACCAUUGUCGAAAGAGGCUCUCCAUACUCACCUGACUACCGGGUUUACAUCCAAAACAAAAAUGGACCGGUGUCACCCUUGCACGACAUCCCUCUCAUGGUCGACGGGUCAAAAAAGAUCUUCAACAUGGUAGUCGAAGUGCCAAGAUGGUCAAACGCGAAGAUGGAGAUCACGAUGAAAGAAAUUCUCAACCCAAUCAAACAAGACGUGAAUAAAGGAAAACCGCGAUUUGUAGCAAACUGUUUUCCUCAUCAUGGGUACAUUUGGAACUAUGGCGCUUUGCCGCAAACGUGGGAGAACCCGGAACAUUUGGAUGAUGGGACGGGGUGUAAGGGCGAUAAUGACCCCAUUGAUGUGUUGGAAAUAGGGUACAGGGUGGCGAAAAGAGGAGAGAUCCUUCAGGUUAAAAUAUUAGGAACUAUUGCUUUAAUUGAUGAAGGGGAAACGGACUGGAAACUAAUUGCCAUAGAUGUUAAGGACCCUUUAGCAGAUCAAGUUAAUGAUGUUCAAGAUGUAGAGAAACAUUUCCCUGGGUUGCUGAAGGCGUCAGUGGAGUGGUUUAAAAUAUAUAAGAUUCCAGAUGGGAAACCAGAAAAUCAGUUUGCUUUCAAUGGGGAGGCAAAGCCAGCUAGUUUUGCUCUGAAAAUUGUGGAUGAGGUACAUCGGUUCUGGAAGUCUCUUGUCAAUAAAGAAGUUGACGCCAAGGGUAUUUCCUGUGUGAACACAACUCUUGACGGAAAUGCAUUCCAAAUAUCAAUAAACGAAGCCAAGGAGGUAAUAAAUAAAACUCCGCCAUAUUCUCAGCCACAGGCAAUCGAUCCAAUUGUGGAUAAAUGGCACUACGUCCAUUUAAAAUAAAUCAUCAGGGAAGAUAUUAAAACUCACACGUCACAUCAGUGCAUUUAUUUUAAUUUUUUUAUUAGCAAGGACAUAAAGUAUGCUUGGUGUUUUUGCUAUAAUUAUUGUAAGUUAUAAAUAAAGUUUAAAUUAUU